CUUUUCCUUGAAUAACUGAUACAUUUUUAUGCAUAGCAAUAUAGUGCUGACAUAAGUAUCAAAGUUCCUCAUGUCAGAAAACAAUGAUUUCUUGCACAAUGCUUAAUUGCACUGAUAUUAAUUGUACAAUAUGUCAAAACAUUAAAUGAGUGUAAGACCUUUGAAAUAAUAAUAAUAAUUUUUAAAAAAAGGUAUUCUUGUUCAGGUUUCUAAUCAGAAAGGUUGAAAAGGAUAAUUGUUUCACAGAUAACAGAAAAAUAUGGCGGGAUCAAAACGUCUGAAGCUACAUUGAAAAUUCAGCUUUCAAAAUCUAAUUUAAAUCUUGAAAUUAGCAGUAAAAGCAUUUUUAAUGUUUGUGUAGCUCAACUGGUGGAGCAUGACUAACAACCGGGGCAGUGGAAGUUGCUUUAGAUAAAUGCUUCUGUCAAAUACAUAACUGUUAAUAAAUUGAUGGAAAUGGAAAUGUUCAGGGUUCUUAACCAUUUCUUGAUCUGUACAGAUGAUCAGAUUGAAUCACAAGAUGCCCUCAUUCUCAAAUCACGCUGGAUAAAGGAAAUUAAUCAUGAAAUUUUAUAUACAAUUGAGGAACAUGUCAAAUUCUCAAAUUCAUGUUCAUUUUUGAUUCAACUUCUUACUCCAACAGUUUUGUUUAUAAUAUAAUCUUUAAUGAAAACCAAUUAAAAAAGGAAACGUAAAAUAAAAAUAUUAAAUUAAAUUAAAUUAAAUUAAAUUAAAUUAAAUUAAAUUAAAUUAAAUUAAAUUAAAUUAAAUUAAAUUAAAUUAAAUUAAAUUAAAAAGCAAAUUCUUCAAUUAAAAAAAUAAAAAUAACAAUAACAAUGUAGGAGUUACAUUUGGCAGGCAUCAAAGAUCCCCGGUUAGGUACAAGUUGCAUAUUUGGUGUGCUCUCCUUUGCGCCAAAGAAUGGACUGCCAGGCACUUAGCUUAUCUCUCACCCAUUCGUUCCUUGGAAAAAACUCUGUAAACGGUGAAACUGUUUCUUUCUCUUUUCCCAUUGCAACUCCUAUGGCAAAUGCUGGUGCUGAUAUCAGAGAAACCAAUGGAAAAGAUACAAACAAAUUGUAAUGAGGAUCCUAGAGGGCAGGGCCUAAAGUUUGAGUGCCCUCUCUCCCCAUGUGCUCAGUUCCUCUACCUCUUAACCUCAGAUGAUGAGUGCCUCUUACUGAAGACCGACAGACUGUGAAGAACUCUACAGUAUCUGGAUCCAAGCUGCUACUUCUGUUCUUCUCACUCUCUCCUCCAUUCAUUUCUCAUUCCUUCUCAUCGAGAGGAGGUUCUUGAGGUGCCAGCCAAACCUGAGGGCCAUCGGACCCCAAGAGGUAACCAUGACAAACCCAUGCAUGGUGUUUUUGGAACUGCUAGGGAUGCUGGUUGGGACGGGGGGCUGGUUUUGUUCACUGGCAGCCACCAUCAUGCCUCAGUGGUUGUCACUUUCUACUGAACUAAUGGGAAUGGAGAGCUACGAACAAGGGCUUUGGGAGGCUUGCGUGAUUCAGGAGGUUGCUGGCACAGAGUGUCGCCCCUAUGACACUAUCCUAGGCCUCAAACCAGAGUUUAUGCUGGCCCGUGUUCUGAUGUGUGUUUCGGAUGCCACAUGUCUUCUCGGACUUCUCCUCGCCAUCCCUUCCAUGAGUCAGAUCAAUUGCUGUAAGAGUGAGGAGGGACAGAGGACCAAGCGAGGUUUGAAGAUCACGGCUGGCGUGUUUUUAUGCAUCGCUGGAUUGUUUGUGCUCUUUCCCAUCUCCUACAUUGCUCACGAUAUUGUUAUUAAGUACUUUGAUGAGUCCAUACCUCACGUGGUGCCACGUUCAGAGUUCGGGGACGCGCUGUUCAUCGGCUGGGCUGCAGGACUUCUUGAUAUUGUGGCAGCCGUGCUUUUUUUCACCUCUUGCUCUGAGUCAAGAGACAGUGAACGAUAUCUGGUGUAUCACGAUCAAAGGCAGCAGAUCAGAACCAUCGAUGGUUCAAGAAAACACACUGAGUACGUUUGAGGUACAUUUGUCGUGAAAUUCCUAUUAAUGUUAAUGGAUCAGGAAAAAAAAAUAGAUUUUUUUUUCUUUUUCCAUUUCUUUUUUUUCCUCUGAAAAAUGUUUAUACUUACAUUCAGUGUAUCAAUCAAUCAAACCCAUGAAACAGGUAAAGCAUUAUCAUGAUGCAUUUAUCCUUCAGUAUCUGAGUAGUCUAUUUGAUUAUUUGUAUUAUCUGUAAAAUGUCAAUAUUGAAAAGUUACCAAUAUGUUUUCAAUUGCCUUAAUAAAGAUGUAGUGAUUUUUUUGUUGCCA